CUCGAAUUUCAGGUGUGGAUGAAUUCACAUGUCCAAUUAUUAAAUUAAAAGCAAGUUGUGUGUGAAGCAAUGAUUCUGUAGCCUUCGGUAACAAAAACGAACAUGACAUCUCAGACAGACAAGCUGGGGAUGUCUCUAGAUGAGAUUAUAAAGUUUAAUAAGAGAAAGCCUGGUACAGGUCCUGGAAGUGUCAUAUCUAGAGGAACACAACAGUUACAAAGUAGACGUGGUGGUAAGGGCAACAAAAAUUACCAAAGUAACACAACCCCUGUUUCAUUGCGGGGCAGAUUUCAAGGACAAGGUAGAAGGUUUAAUCAGGUGUCUUACAGAAACCAGUUUUUGGCACAUAAAUUUGGCAGGUUUUAUGGACAGCACCCACUUAUGAAACGAAAUGGAGGUACAGGAAGUUCAGGCAGUAAAGUACAAAACUCGACAUACACUGGAAGUAUUCGUAGUUUUGGCAGCUUUCGAGGAAGGUCGCGCUAUCCUGGACAACGAUUGGCUCGUAACAGAAUUCGAUUGGCCACUCAAAUCCUCAAUACAAGACAACAGAACAGGCAGCAAGCUUUGCAGUAUUGGAAUUCUGGUUCUGUUCAAGGUGGAUAUAGGAUUAUAUCUAGAGGUUUGCGAGGACCUGAAAUGAGGCAGCAGAGAGGUUUUCAUGGCAGUCGAGACAUGGUGAACUCUUUACAUUCUGAUCAGAUCAUUCGUCUUCAGAAACAACAGACAGUGCAACGAAAAUUAAACAAGGCAAGAGUAUUGAAGUCUGGCCAGUUUAUGGACAAGAACUCUGUGACUGGAUCAUCUGACAAGCUGAUUGUUUGUAUAGCCAAUGACCUGGCAGCGAAACUUCAUGGCCGUAAGGAGCAUACCAACAUACGAAAAAAGUUUGGUGGAAAUAAUACUUUUAUGGGAGCUUCAUUUACUAGACGCAGCAAUAACAACAGCCAUCUUAGCCGUCAGAACAUAGCAGCUGCUGGUGGAGCUUCAAGUGUGGUUGAUAUGUCACGUGAAGGCUCUAUUGUAACAACAAUCAGUCGGUACAACAGUGCCUCAUCAGUUGGCCACAACCAACAGGCAGGAUCAGUAAUUAGAGGUGUCAAACAUAAUAGAGCUCCCACAGUUGAACGCUGUGUGCCUGUAACUAAAGUAAGAAGUGCUCUCAAUUUGCAGCUACAAAAAGAGAUUGCAGCCAUACAGGGGAAGACUUUCCAGCCAUCAACAAGUACUACGGAUUUUAUGCCUCAUGCUGUUGGUCUGUCUGGAUUUAAACCAGUUCCCUCCCUUACUGCUACCACAUUGAAUGAGCGCUUUAGUUUGGCACUAUGAAUUUUGAAUCUUGUGAUCUUCAAAAUAACUAUUUUUUUACAAAACUGAUGUUAUAUUUGAGCACUUUAUCAUAUGCUCCUCAUGUUCUAUCAUAUUGGAUAACAAAAUGGAGCAAUAUCUUUAUUUUUGUGUUUCACAUCUGACCAUCCAUAGUUAACACUUAAUUGUGGAUGCCAAAUUGGAAUACACAAUGUUUUAUUUGCCAUAUAUAAUACUUAAAAUUACUAAUGGCAUAACAUUCAAAUACAAUUCCUAUUUUAGAAAAUGAGUUGACAAAGAGAAUUGUUGAACAUCAGUUCAUUGUCAUCUCAUCAUUGCAGAUUUUUAAUUUAUAUGAAUCUCCAGAACAUUACUUGCAGUUGUAAUGAUGUUUAAUUGGCAGUGUUAUAUAUUUACAUUAUAUUUACUGUUCAAUCAAAUAUAUGUUAAACCCCCUGAAUGGCAGACUUCUUGUGAAGUCUUGAUCAUGUUUGUACUAUAUAGAGGAGGAUAUUUACAGAAAGGUUUGAUUUUCUGUAUUUAUUUUGUAUUUGUAAAUAAACUGACUUAACAGUAUUUCCAUCUUAAUAUUAUGACAGCUUUGAAGUGAAACUGUUUAAAUCAAAAUGUUUACCAUUUCUUAAAGUUCACAUGGCUCUACCUCUCGGGAAGAAAAUUAAUGUACAACUUUUUUAACAAGCCAUAACACUACAGACUUUUCCAUGAGAAAACUAUUUGUCUUUCAAAAUGGAAAAGAGUUAUUUAAAAACUUCUAUGUAGUGAAACUCUAAAAAUCAAAAAAUUGUAUUUAUGUUAAACCAGAGAGGUUAUAUGUAGAGAUUAUAGCCAAUGUAAAUAGAGUUAAUUGUACUUAUCAUUGGAACAGAAUAUGGUUAUUUUGUUUGUUAUAGGAAAGUUCUAACAAAACUUCUGUGCAUGAAUUGUGUAAAUCUCCAGAUUUUGUGCAUUUUAAAAAGUUGACACUAUGAAGACCAAAAUGGAUUCUUAAAUGUUCGAUACAUGUCACUGUCAACUGAUUGUUCAUAUGAGAUGUACAUUGAUGAAUGUGUUAAAAUAUUUUAAAAGUGCUGAAGAUUAACACUUUAUACCUAAAUA